AUGGGCCGGGCUCGGAGCAACAACAGCAGCAGCAGUGGAGAGGAAGACGGCGAUGCCGAGUGGAGGGCCGCCAUAGAUUCUGUAACCGCCUCUACCGCCACCUUUACCAAGCAAGAUCCCGGCGGUCCUCCGGCAUCUUCCGUCCGCCAUGGAACCCGUGAAGGCGAGGACGGGAAACAAAAACCCCAAAAACUUAAACAUUACCAAAUCAAGGCGCAGAAACUAUUGGAAGACAUGUUAGACAAGGAAAUUGAAGUGGUUAGCUAUACAACUGAUAGUGUAGAUGAAAAUGGUGCAUUCAAUGAUGUUGGAGUUCGACUUUUUAGACGUGCUCCUGCAGGGAUUGUAUUUGAUCGCUUAGAUGAGCAUCAAGGGCCGAAAAAGAAACCCAGAAUUAUUCCUGGAGAAGUGCUUGGCGAAACAUCAAAAGAGUUUAGGAAGCAACUCAAAUCUGCUGCCGUUGAUGGGGCCAAUAUAAUUGCUGCAGCUAAAACUGCACGCGAGAAGUCGUUAGCUAAGCUUGAAGCUCGAGAAGGAGCUGCUAAGGCAGCAAGAGAAAGAGAGGAACAACGGGUAGCUGAGCUGAAAAGGAUUAGGGGAGAAAGAUGGCUUCCUUCAAUUGCAAGACAAAUGCGGGUAACCACUCAACGCAAAAAAUGA